UUCUUGCUUUCCUCCUCUUUAUUGCUCUUUUCCCUUUACUUUCUUGGCUCAGGACUCUUCCACUAUAGAGUGAUUCUCCACCAUCUCCCUAAAGAGCCACCAAACUUUAUUAAAGAGAAAACACAAGGCCAGAUUGAACACCAUGGUUUUCUCUUCUAUUCCAGCAUAUUUAGAUCCUCCCCAGUGGCACCAACAACCAAAUCAGCACCAAGCUAAUGGCAAUGAUGGCAGUCUUCAUCACUUGCUUCCGCCACUAGCCCAACAGCAGCAGCAUGCCCCUCAUGUUGGAGGUGGUGGGGGAGGCUCAAUCAGCUCAAGCCCGAGCCUGACAGCUGAUCAGGCCCGGGCUCAAGCUCAGGCUCAGCUGGCUAAGAUGGCACCACCACCUGAAGCUCUAAAGUGUCCUCGUUGCGAAUCCACCAACACAAAAUUCUGCUACUUUAACAACUACAGCCUCUCGCAGCCCCGGCACUUCUGCAAGACCUGUAAGCGUUAUUGGACAAGAGGGGGUGCUCUCAGGAAUGUUCCUGUUGGUGGAGGAUUCCGCCGGAACAAGAAGCACAAAAAGAGUAAUAGCAGUAGUAGUAGCACCUCUGAAUCUGACAAACAAUCACUUUCCAAUUCCACCACAAAUGAGCUAAAUAUUCCAACUAACAUGACCAGUACUCUUCAGAAUCUGAGCUUCCAUGGGGGAAACAUGAUCCAAGCACAGCACAAUGGUUACAUGGGGUUUCAAAUUGGAGGUGGUCAUGGUGGUUCUUCAACUUUAGAAGGUCCUGGAGUCGAUCAAUGGUGGCGGUUUCAGCAGUUUCCAAAUAUCUUGAAUGGUUUUCAUGAGUCAAGUACUACUUCAGCUGUUUCUUCAUUCCCAUUGUUUCAAGGUGAAAGUGUUGAAGCUCAUCCAUCUGGUUUUGUUGGAGAUGUUGGUGGUGUGGCUUCUAGGGUUCUGAAUUCGUCAAGAUCUCCUCUGACUAUCUCAGAAAAUAUUAACCAUCAGAAUUCAUGGACUGGUUUAUCUUCUCUUGCACCUUCUUCUUCCGCUAGUCAUCAUUUCUUGUAAUUUGUUUAUGCUUUUAAUUGCAUUGAGUCAGUCAAGCUUCUUUGUGUACUCUUGAGCUUAAUAUCUUUGUAUAACUGUUUGUCAGUUCGUGCAUGUAUUUUGUUUGUUUUUAUCACUUAUCAAUGGUUAUGAUAUCAUUUGGGAACA